AUGGUUCGUUUAAAGAGUCGAUAUAUUUUGUUCGAGGUUUUGUAUCCUGUCAAUGCCAAUUAUUCGGAGGAGGAUGUGCCAUUUUGUUCCAGAAGAGAAAUUCUGCUAAGACAUCAUCAGGUCUCACCAGUUGAUGUAUCCAUCAAAGUACUGAUUCAGGAGAUACGACGAUCUUUACAGCACAAUUUUGGCGACUACGGCUGCGGGAAAGCUACAUCCUUAUUGCAGAUCAAAUAUUUUUCCAAUAUGACUUCUACGGGCAUUCUAAGGUGCCAUCGAGAAGACAGCGAUUUGGUUAUAACAGCAUUAACUCUAAUCAGUAAGAUAGGAACUAUUGAUAACGUUAUUGUGAAUCCUGUCAAAGUUAGUGGGACCAUAAAAAAGAUAGAAGACUAUGCUGGAAGGCGUAGCGAGAAACUACUCUCUGUGAUUAAAAGGGAUGACAAAAGACUUAUCGAUGACUUUACUACUGUCACAGAAGACAACGACGAAGAUACCGCCACUGCUUGA